AUGCUGACUGACUCCGAAAAAACGGCAUGUGUCGCUCUCUCACGUCUCUUUCUAAACACACAAUUCCUUACCGAUGACUAUAACGACAUCGCCGCCGCUUUACGGCCUCUUGACAUGAGCCUCGAGUCCCUAGACCACGUCCUCCGCCAUGAUCUGUUCCCAAUUCUUUACCCAAAUCUGCUGGAGGUCGCCGGUGAAUGGACUGGCUUCGACGAAGACUGGUUACUAAAAGAGGUUGAGUGUCGACGACGGUUCAGGGACUCUUGGGUAAAACCUGUUGGCGAUUCCGGUGCCUGGCAGUGGGUGGGCAAUGCAGUGACAACGCCGUGGAAUGAGGUGAAGCAAAGGUUGAAGUCGAGGCUAUGGUUUGUCUCAAAACUUUCCAGUAGUUGGCCCUUCAUCUCACAGGCCCCUACAGAGCGAAUUCCGGCGCCCAAUGCCGCCUAG